CUACGCCACCUUUCAUACGUCGUAUUCGUCGUCUAUUUUUCGUCCGAGAAGUCCUAGACACAGUGUGUGAUGGCAGAGACACAUGAUAAACAACUAAAAGAAUUCAAAGAUGAGUUCAACAAAGAGGCUGAGAAAAUGCUUCGUGAAUGUUUUCCCAAGAAAGUCGUCGAAUUGAACUCUUUGCUACAUUCUGAUGUGUUUCAAGUUGCCUAUUCACCAUUAUUUCCACGGAUGAACAAGGCAGGUGUGGACGAAAGCUGCGAUGAUGUGAAUCCAAUAGCUAAGAAGCGGAAACUACACGAUGGUGCAGUGUUGGAUGGAGUUACUGAUGGUGGCAUUCAAGGCGUGUCUGCUAAUCGACAAAUUGGCGAAGGGAUUCGUCGUCUCAAACCAGAGAUUAUAACACUAGUAACAAGUUGCAACAAGAUGAAAGUUUGGAUUCAACUUUUAAUUCCGAGAAUCGAAGACGGCAACAACUUUGGAGUUUCAAUCCAGGAAGAAAUUCUGGGAGAAGUUUCACGCGUAGAGACAGAUGCAUCGUCUUUUCUUGAUCACAUUUCAAGAUAUUACAUUGCUAGAGGAAAACUGGCAUCAAAAUUACUGAAGUAUCCAACUGUGGAGGAUUAUCGGAUUGCAGUCGAUGAGUUAGACGAAAAGCAGUACGUCAAUCUACGUCUCACUCUUUGUGAAAUGAGAAACAUCUACUCAUCGCUGCAUGACAUGAUCAUGAAGAAUCUGGAAAAGAUCAAGAAACCCAGAAGCUCACGCUUGGAAACAAUGUAUUGAAUAGGUUGUAGAUAUAUUGUCGUGAUGUAUUGUAAUAGAUCAUUACAAUGUA